AUGAUUGGCCCGACAAGACAGAAGGCCUUCUCCCACAAAGUUCGCACCGGCUGUAUCACCUGUAAACGUCGUCGGGUGAAAUGCGAUGAAGGCAAGCCUUAUUGCCAAACCUGCUUGAAAGGCAAACGCCGAUGUCUGGGAUAUGCGGUGCCUAAAGCGAACAUCUUCACCGUGGCAACUCAAAAGAAACAAGCGAAUCGGCCACCCAGCCCUCCAUGGCCGGGUGUUGAUGGAAAUCCAAUCCUGUUGUUAGCCCCUCGAAUUCACUUUGGCACGCAAGAAGAAAAUCGAUCACUGGAGCACUGGCUUCUCAAGACAUCCCCGAUGUUGUCUCACUACGGGCCCAUGGGCGACUUCUACACCGCGGUCGUACCUCGAUUUGCCUGGCAAUCGCCUGUUAUCAAGCACAUGCUUCUCUCGCUCUCUCUGACCCAUGAAAAGUUUGUGAGAGGCGUGACUUUGGCUUCCGCCGACAUGACUUCGAGAGCGGUGUCCCACUACAUCGCGGCCAUCACGGCGAUCAGGAAAACCAACCCUCCAAUCUUACACGUCCUGAUCGCCUCGCUUAUUGCCUGGACCAUGGAAAUGAUGCAGAACGACUUUACCGCCGCCGAAAUUCAUCUGCAAGCGACGCUCACGCUCUUGCGGCAGUACGAGCCACUGCAAUGGCGCGACGGCACACAAAUGCUGGUGCAGGACUCCCUCAAACCGACAUCCAUGCUGGCCAAGGGCUUGACGGCGAUUGUCCUUCGUAAGGGUCCCACCACAGAAGAGAUCCAACCCGACUAUCGUGACCAUAUAUACUCGCCCUGGACCGGACUGCGACUGUCUUCCAUCCCCGAAGCGAGGCUGGUGAUAUGUGACUACAUUGAAAGAAUUGCGCGCAUAACCGAGGGCCGGGAGAAAGUGGACUACACGAUCGACGACGUCGAGAUAUUGCUCAGUCGCUGGUUUGACAGCGUCCGCAAAUGGGAUCAAGAGUCCACGACCACCGCCAACCUGACGGCACUGGUUCUCCUGUUCAAUGUGGGCAUGGCUCUGCUUCCAGGUUCGGAUGUCGCAGGAUUCAGCUAUGCCAUGAAUCCCAACAUCAUAGACUACGUCGUUGACCGCAUAUCUCUUCUCCUGAGCUUGAGGGAUAGGAUCCCCUCGGGGGAGGAUAAGGAUGAUCUUUUAGAAACGGUGACACUGGUCCUCUCUUUUGUGAUUCGUUUCUUCCCUGACGCUCGAAGUCAUGCUCAAGCCUUGCGGAACCUGAAACAAGUCUCUCUUCUCAAGGCAGCCUUUCCAAUUCGGUCGUUGACUCCGAAGUGGCCAACUAGUGUGCUGGGUGUUGGAUAUGAAGAUUAA